GACCAUGGCUGGGGGUUGGAGCUAGGUUUUAACGGGCUGGUUGAGCGGGAGCGUCAAGCGAUCGAGGUUUUGGGAGCUCCGGGGGCCAUGAAUCUUCCUGCAUUGUGAUAUUUCGAUCGGGGAUCUCGAUCGCGGGCUAGGGAAUCGAUCGAGAUCGUCAUUCAUGGCGUCUUCGCUUUGCGCGGCAGCGUCUUCGCUAGGAAUUUUGUCAGUGCAUUCUCACACUCGAGGCAGAGUAGGAGCUGGAUACGAAGGACUUAGAUAUUACAAUGACCUCGAUGAUCAUCUCAGAGCUGACCUUUCAAGUCUAUCGGCCGCGACAAGGAUUCUUCCAUCGACGCGUCCAAGCACGAAAAUCUCAGCAAUGAUGGGAAAUGGUCUCUUCACUCAAACCAGGCCCGAUGUGCGAAGGAUCGUCCCGGAAGCCAGGCCGAGCACAACGGUUGUCAAGGUGGUCUACGUUGUUCUUGAGGCACAAUACCAGUCCUCACUCUCCGCGGCGGUAAGGAAGCUCAACAAAGCUAGAAACGACGUCCAGUUUGAGGUGGUAGGCUACUUGGUCGAGGAGCUCAGGGACAAGGACAACUACGAGAUGUUUUGCAAGGAUCUCUCCAACGCCAACAUUUUCAUAGGAUCGCUCAUAUUUGUCGAGGAGCUCGCGCAGAAGGUGAAAGAGGCGCUGGAGAAGGAAAGAGAAAGGAUGGACGCUGUUCUUGUCUUCCCGUCAAUGCCGGAGGUGAUGAGACUAAACAAGCUGGGAUCCUUCGCCAUGUCGCAGCUGGGACAGAGCAAAAGUGCCAUCGCUCAGCUGAUACGGAGGAAGAAGAAAGAAAACGGCGGAAGAUUUGAAGAGUCGAUGCUCAAGUUGGUCAGGACAAUUCCGAAAGUUCUGAAGUAUCUGCCAUCCGACAAGGCUCAGGAUGCAAGGAAGUUCCUUAUGAGCUUACAGUUCUGGUUAGGAGGCUCGUCAGAGAAUUUAGAGAACUUGCUGCUCAUGGUUUCGGGGUCAUACGUUCCAAGUCUCAAGGGGAAGGAUUUAGCAUAUGGAGAGCCUGUAGUCUUUCUGGACACUGGGAUAUGGCAUCCGCUCGCUCCUACGAUGUUUGACGACGUGAAAGAGUACUUGAACUGGUACGGGACGAGAAGAGACAUGAGCGACAGCCUGAAAGAUCCGAAUGCUCCCAUAGUCGGCCUUAUUCUCCAGAGAAGUCACAUUGUAACGGGGGAUGAUGGUCACUACGUAGCCGUUGUCAUGGGACUGGAAGCUAAAGGUGCCAAAGUCGUGCCAAUAUUCGCAGGAGGACUCGACUUUUCCAUGCCGGUGGAGAGGUUUUUAUACGAUCCCAUCUCGAAGAAGCCACUUGUUCAGUCGGUGGUGUCGCUAACCGGAUUUGCACUGGUCGGAGGGCCUGCCAGUCAAGACCACCCUCGAGCAGUGGAGGCUCUAACAAAGCUGGACGUCCCAUAUCUCGUGGCGCUUCCUCUUGUUUUCCAAACCACGGAAGAAUGGCUUGGAAGCACGCUGGGUCUUCAUCCAAUUCAGGUGGCUCUUCAAGUUGCUUUGCCGGAACUAGACGGAGGAUUGGAACCAAUUGUCUUCUCUGGUCGCGACAGUCGGACAGGAAAGUCGCAUGCUUUACACCAUCGCGUGGAGCAGCUUUGCACCCGGGCUGUUAAGUGGGCCAAUCUAAAGCGAAAGAGUGUGGCAGAUAAGAAACUCGCGGUCACAGUCUUCAGCUUUCCACCAGAUAAAGGAAAUGUGGGAACCGCGGCUUAUCUCAACGUGUUCUCUUCAAUCUUCAGUGUUCUAACGGAUCUCAAAAAGGACGGCUACAACGUAGAUGGUCUGCCAGAAACAGCCGAGGGCCUGAUCGAGGACAUUCUUCACGACAAAGAAGCGAAGUUUAGCAGCCCCAACCUGAACGUCGCAUACAAGAUGAGCGUUCGAGAGUAUGAGAAGCUGACUCCGUAUGCCAAAUCUUUGGAAGAAAGCUGGGGUAAGCCACCAGGGAAUCUAAACUCAGAUGGUGCCAACUUACUCGUCUACGGGAAGCAAUAUGGAAACGUUUUUAUUGGAGUGCAGCCAACUUUUGGAUAUGAAGGCGAUCCUAUGAGACUUUUGUUUGCGAAGUCUGCCAGCCCUCACCACGGUUUUGCGGCUUACUACACGUUUCUCGAGAGGAUAUUUGAAGCGGACGCAGUUCUCCACUUUGGUACUCAUGGCUCGCUCGAGUUCAUGCCCGGAAAGCAAGUUGGAAUGAGCGACGCCUGCUUCCCAGACAGCUUGAUCGGAAACAUUCCCAACGUUUACUACUACGCAGCAAACAAUCCUUCCGAAGCCACUAUUGCCAAGCGGAGGAGCUAUGCAAACACCAUCAGCUAUUUAACGCCUCCAGCGGAGAAUGCCGGUCUUUACAAGGGGCUGAAGCAGCUCAGCGAGCUCAUUGCAUCAUAUCAGUCUCUCAAAGACAGCGGCCGAGGAAACCAGAUCGUUAGCAGCAUCAUAAGCACGGCAAAACAGUGCAACCUUGACAAAGAUGUGGCAUUGCCAGAGGAAGAAGUCGACUUAAACCCGGAGGAGAGGGACUUGGUGGUUGGAAAAAUAUACGGAAAGAUCAUGGAGAUUGAGUCCCGGCUAUUGCCUUGCGGCUUGCACGUCAUUGGAGAGCCUCCGACUGCCUUAGAAGCUGUGGCAACGCUCGUCAAUAUUGCCGCUUUGGACAGGCCAGACGAAAACAUCUAUGGUCUUCCUGGGAUUCUUUCUUCGGCCGUUGGUAAGGAUAUGGAGAGCGUUUACAGGAACGCAGACAAGGGAAAUUUAGAAGACGUGGAGCUUCUCAAGGAGAUAACUGAUACGUGCCGGGAGAUCAUAUCUUGCUACGUCAACAAGACAACUGACAAGAACGGCCAAGUCGUCAAUGUCCUCGACAAGCUGGGAAACUUUGGCUUUCUCAACAUGGGAAGAAAAGAGCCGUGGCUCGAGGUGGUAUACAAAACGAAGUUCAGGGACGCCAACCAGGAAAAGCUCCGGGUUCUUUUCGAUUUUCUCAACGAGUGUCUCAAGCUCAUCGUGGCGGACAACGAACUUCAGGGACUUAAGCAAGCUCUAGAUGGGAGAUAUGUGGAGCCCGGUCCAGGAGGAGAUCCUAUCAGGAAUCCGAAAGUUCUUCCGACUGGAAAAAACAUCCAUGCAUUGGAUCCGCAAGCAAUCCCAACGAUAGCUGCUCUUCAGAGCGCCAAAGUCGUGGUGGAGCGCCUGCUGGAGCGUCAGAAGCUGGAAAACGAGGGAAAGUAUCCCGAGACAAUAGCUCUGGUGCUGUGGGGAACGGACAACAUCAAGACUUAUGGAGAGUCGCUUGCUCAAGUUCUAUGGAUGCUUGGAGUCAAGCCGGUGCCGGACGCCUUGGGACGUGUUAACAAGAUCGAGCCUGUGUCGCUGGAGGAGCUAGGAAGGCCAAGGAUCGACGUCGUGGUGAAUUGCUCCGGGGUGUUUAGAGACUUGUUCAUCAACCAGAUGAAUUUGCUCGAUCGAGCAGUGAAGAUGGUCGCAGAGCUGGACGAGCCUGCAGAGCAAAACUUCGUCCGCAAGCAUGUGCUGGAGCAGGCCAAGAGCCUCGGCGUGGAAGUUCGCGAAGCUGCAACACGCAUCUUCUCCAACGCCUCGGGCUCUUACUCCUCAAACGUCAACCUGGCGGUGGAAAACUCGUCGUGGGACAACGAAAAGCAGCUGCAGGACAUGUACCUGACGAGGAAAUCCUUCGCCUUCGACUCCGACACCCCAGGCGCGGGGAUGAGCGAGAAGCGCAAGAUCUUCGAAGCGGCUCUGGCAACGGCAGACGCGACUUUCCAGAACCUCGACUCGUCGGAGAUCUCCCUCACUGACGUCAGCCACUACUUCGACUCGGACCCCACGAAACUCGUCCAGAGCCUCCGAGGCGACAAGAAGAAGCCCAGCGCGUACAUUGCCGACACAACCACGGCAAACGCUCAGGUAAGAACUCUCGGAGAAACCGUGAGGCUGGACGCGAGAACCAAGCUGCUGAAUCCAAAGUGGUACGAAGGCAUGCUGUCGAGCGGCUACGAGGGCGUGCGCGAGAUCGAGAAGAGGCUGACGAACACCAUGGGGUGGAGCGCCACCUCCGGCCAAGUCGAUAACUGGGUCUACGAGGAGGCCAACACGACGUUCAUCGAGGACGAGGCGAUGCAAAAGCGGCUGCUCGAGACCAAUCCAAACUCCUUCCGCAAGCUCGUCGCCACAUUCUUGGAAGCCAACGGCCGCGGCUACUGGGAGACCUCGGACGAGAACUUGGAGAAGCUCCGCCAGUUAUACGCCGAAGUGGAGGAUCGCAUCGAAGGGGUCGAGAGGAACUAAAAGGUAACACAUUGUAAAUUAUUUUUACAGCAAUAAAUUACCUCAAGUUUUUGUUACCUCA